AGACUUCCUCACACUCUCUCUCUUCUCUCACUCUCGACACCACUCCCUCUCACUCUGCAACACACCCAGCGCCUCACUCCCAACACACUCACACUAACACCCAAAACACACUCAAAACGCACUCAAAACACUCUCAAAACACUCUCAACACUUGCUAACACAUUUAUAACACGCACUAACACUCAAAACACACUCAAAACGCACUCAAAAUACUCUCAAAACGACAUAACACUUGCUAACACUCUCCUAACACACUAACACACUUGAAAUUCUUAAUAACACAGGCUAACACACUCAGAAAUCACUCAAAACGCACUCAAAACAUUACAAAAAAUACACCAAAACACACAACACUCUUCGUAACACACUCAAAACACACUCCAUGCGCUGUAACACACUAAGAUUCACAUUCACACUCUAACGCACUUUGAACGCUGUAACACUCUUGGUAACACAACAUAACACACGGUAACACACUCAUAACAGCAUUGGUAACACAAAUAUAGGAGAUAACACACUUUAACACACAGAAACACACUCUAACACACUCAUAGCACUUGAUAAUCUGGUUUAACACACUCCAAAACACUUGAUAACAUUGCCAGUGCAUAAAAUAACACACUUUAUGUACUUUUAACACACUCUAACACACCCUAACACAUAUAACACACUACAGCACUCUAAAUUUUACUUCUAACACACUCUAAGACACCUGAGGUUAUUUUAACACAUUUUAUCACACCUGAAGACAUUUUAACACACUUUCACACACGUAAAGUCUAAACACACUCUUAAAAAACAUUGAUAGACUGACACAAAUAUUCUAACACACUCAUAAACAGAUUGGCGUGACAUUUUAACGCUCCAGAUCUGUAAGUCACACUGUCACACACUUUAAAUGAACACACUUGAGAAUAGCGUAGUUUUAACACUCAACGCAAUCUAACACUCACUUUACGAUACGUUUUACUAUAACAGGUCAGAUUCUACGCACUUUUAACGCACUUUUAAACACAACAACGCACUUUUUUGAGUAGGAUUUACAAGUUUUUUCUUCAUUAUUUCUGUUGCAUGUAGACUUCACCACACACGCACACACACACACACACACACACACACUUGCAAGGGAGCAUCAGUGAAGUGCGUACAUGUGUGUGUGUUGCCUUGGUGUGCGCGGGGAAGUGAGCGCGCGAGUGACACAGUGUUGCAAUAUUCUGUUGAAAAUCUUUGGAGAAUAACGCGGAGCAAGAAAAAGCAGGAGGCGUACAGACAGACAGACAGACAGACAAGACAAGGAUUUAUGCUGAGUUAGUGUCUUCCUGUCUUCUCCGGUCAUGGUGUUCGCGCGGCUAGUGGCAGUGUUGGCCGUGGUGAGCGUGGCGGCGCGGGGGGCGUGUGGUUUGUCCCUGGAGGGUGUGAGGCCCCCCCAUGGCGCCUCCCGACCCCUCUCCCUGGCCCCCAACCGACGCCUGGGGCCCCGAGACUCCGACCUCCUUCCCGACGACCAGGCUCUUGCACUCAUGUCUGACGCCGCCCCCAGAUACGAAGAGGCACAACUGGGUGAGCUGGACGACCCUCACACCUCAUACCGUCUGAAGCACCUCAUCUCAGAGUUGGCGGAGGCAAUAGCAGCGGCGGAGGCUCUUGACGUUGGAGCUUAUGGCGGGCCCCUCCCAGCAGAGUUAUCAGAGGCCCUAGCAGCAGCAGAGGGGCUUGAGGGUGGUGACGGGCGCCCCUGCCAUCAGAUGUAGCGGAGGCACUAGCAGAGGCAGAGACAGCAGCGGUGAUGGGAGGGAGCGUGCCAGGGAUGUGGGAGAACAGAGAUCGCUAUAUGCUCUUCACUGAUUACGUCUCCAGGCCCGGAGCUGAGGCAAACAACAACAACAACAACAGGAAGGCACGUGACAGUAGGAACAGCCGGAGCGUCACUAACUCAAACAACAACCCCAGUAACAACAACAACAACAACAACAGCCUCACCUCCACCACCACCACCAGCACUGGCACCUCAG